AUGGAGCAUAAUCCUUCUUUUUCUUCUGUACACCCAAUUGAGGGAAUUCAGACGGCAAAUAAGAACAUCUACAGUUACUUUAUGAAAAAUGACAACUCAUACUGUGUUGAUAGUAAGCAUAGAUACUCUUUGUACAGAAAAGAGACAGACAAAACAUAUAUUGUGGUUAUAUCCAAAUAUGAAAGUAAUACAGGAGACUACACUUAUAAGCACAACAGCAACUCAAUAGAGAUGGAGUGCUUAAUAGGGGAGAGUAAGCACAAUCUACAUACAAAAAAAGUUACUCUUUCCAACCUGUUCAAAACAAUCAGAGAGAUAGAAUAUUCUUUGCCUGGAACAGAGGACAUAAAAGCAAGUGAUAUCUUUAUAGGGCUUGUCUAUCCAGAUGGGCUGAAUCGAGUCAGUAUUAUGAACAUGGUUGAUUCUGUGCUAAAUCACUCUGGGUUCAAAGGCAUCCUUCUUCUUCCGCUGACCCUUAGUGUGUGCUUUGGCCUGGGCCUGUCUAACUCAGUUGUAUACAGCGAAAUGGACAAAACCGUUACUCUUGUUGAAGAUAACUGUGUGUUUGACACCUUCACUGCAGAUCGGCCAGGUAGCACCACAUUAUAUGGAAGCGAUGUGGUUGAAGAAUUUCUGCGAAAGGAAGAACCAGUAAAGAACACGCUGGAAAUGGCCUGUUUUAUGUGCAACGUGCCCUUUGAAGUAUCUGAGUUUGGCAUGCAUUUUCUUAAUAAGCAUAUGAUAGAUAUAUAUGCAGACCAGAAGCACAGCGACACGCUUCUCCAUAAAUGUGUGCCAAAGGAAGAAGCGCCUGCAGUGGAAGAGCCCACGUGCACAGAUCUAGAUACUGUAGGAAAAGACAUGCUAAGAAAGCUUGCACCGCCUGAGCGAAGUACAAAAAUUACAUCAACAGUUGUUUUCAUAACGAAUAAGUCUAUUCCAGAGGCAAAGGCCGAAGCUGAGGAUGAGACGCAUGAAAACGAAGGCGCCGAAGCAGAGCCAGCAGAUAGCCAUGCUACUCCAGAACCUGCUAUAAAAAUAGUGCCUCCCAUAAUUGAUGAAUCCACCACAUCAACCAUUCUUUAUGUUGAAGAUAAGAAAAAGGCACACACUGCAUGGAAUGGUGUAUUUGCGCUUGCUAACAUUGAGCCAUCUAAGGAUCUGUGGCUUACAGACAAAGAGUGGCGGUCUGUGGGGCUACGAGUUCUUAAAGAAAAAGUUCUUUUUUCUAUAUAGAAGUUCCUCUAAAUGGCUUAGAUGAGCAAAUACACUGCAUAUGUGCAUAGCCAGAGUAUGUGAUGGUUCCUCUGCUAAAAAGCGAU